AUGAUAUGGUUGCUGUUUUUUGCUGCUGACUCAAUCUGGGCGACAUGGUUUAGGGAGGAAAUACUAGAUGGAGAUAUUGAAUCCUUUUGGGUUAUAAAUACUAGACAGAAGCACUCCUGGCUGGUGAAUAAGUUGCUUGAUACUAGGGACAUUGUCUAUCCCUGGAUUAGGAAACAGGUUCACAAUGGAGAAACAACUUACUUCUGGUCCACAAACUGGUCUCCGUAUGGUAAACUUUCUGAUUAUCUCAAAGAUUCAGGUUCUCUACAUUUCCCGGUCGGCAGCAAUGCUACUCUUGCUGAGCUAUGGGAUAAUGGCGACUGGAUCAUCCCUCAUGCUCGCUCCAAUCGCCAACUACAGGUCAUCACCUAUCUCUCUACCCUGUCCCUUACUCUCCACAUCGAUGAAUUUGAAUGGUGGCCGGGGAAUCAGAGGAGCACUAGCUAUUGCACGGGUGCUAUUUACAAACUGCUUCGCCCUUUAGCCCCUCAAGUGCCUUGGCAUAAUGAGGUGUGGUUCUCAGGGGGUAUUCCAAAGCACAUGUUCCUGGUGUGGUUGAUGGUGAGGAACAGAUGCCCAACACGCGACAGGAUUCUGAGUUGGGGACUUCAGACUGAUCCACAAUGCUUGUUUUGCAAUACAGAAAAUGAGUCUAUUGCCCAUUGUUUCUUUGACUGCAGCUUUACUUGGGAAGUUUGGAAGGUAAUUGCAGCAAAGUGUGGUUUCACAUCUACUAGGCAGUGGAUCACUCUUCUCCCCCAGCUCAAAGCCCACACUACAAACAAGGUUCGGAAGACGCUUCUACUCCUCUCCUGGCAAGCAGUAUUGCACACGCUUUGGACAAAAAGAAACCGGAGACUCCACAAUUCUCAGUUCUCCUCAUCUGAUGGACUAAUCAACCAUGCAAAACUAACUAUAAAAAACAGGAUUUCAAGUCUACGGACUGAUAGGCUUAAGUUCUCCUCCUCACUGAUGCAGUUGUGGUUCGUUACCUAG